AUGGUUGAAUUUCAAGUUCUACGAUGUUCUAAAUGCAAAACAUUUCAAGUGAUGCAAGUUACAAAAUCUCCUAAAUGGAAAUGUAAAUUAUGUGCAGAAAAGCAGUCAUUAAUUAAGGUUGUAGUAGACUAA